UGCCCUGGCUCCCCUUCCUUCCACAGCGUCCCUAGCGUGAGCGAGGUCUGGAGCUGAUCAGGGCUGGUGGUUUUUCUGAUGCACCCUCUCUGCCUUCCCUUCCCCACAGGGUCAGCUCGGGCUGUGCCUGAGCAGGGGUGCUUCCUUGGCUGUUCUGGGGGGCUCCUGGACGUGCCUGAAGCCCUUCAUCUCUUAACUUCAAGCACAGGGAGGAGGCGGAUUUUCUUCAGCUUGGCUCCACUCCCCUCUUGGCCCCCCAGAGAUGGUGGGCCACCUGCACCUGCAAGGAAUGGAAGAGAGUUUGAAAGAGAAGAGCCGGGAGGGCCUGCUGGACAGUCCGGAUUCCGGGCUGCCUCCCAGUCCUAGCCCCCCUUUCUGCACCCUGGCUCCCGGGAUCAUUGAGGGCAGAGCCGGGGGUAGCAGCAUGGGGACGGAUCACACAGGACAUGGACCCAGAAAGGAAGCCAAGGAAGGCAAAAUGAUCCCUUACCUUCUUCUGAACUCUUCUGUGUCAGAGAUGAGGCCUCGAAUGUUCCCGGUGUUCUUUGGUGAAAGCAUUGAGGUCAACCCUGAACCUGUGCAGGAAAUUAGGUGCAACUCGGAGGUGAAAUAUGACUCAGAGAAGCAUUACAGGGAUGACAUUUUCUAUGGCCCCAUCCCCACCAUAACGGCUUACAGUGAGACGGUCGUGGCCACGCCAAACUGCACCUGGCGCAACUACAAGUCGCAGCUGCUCUUUGAGCCCCGCCAGAGGCCCCUGCGGUUCCAGAGCACGACCAUCAUCUUCCCCAAACAUGCCAAGAACAUUUACCGAACCACACUCACCUACGCCAGGCGGGGGCCCUCCUCCAGCGUGCAGCUGGAGCUGUGCGAGGAAACCAGCCCCAGCAUUGUCUACCAUGAGACCCUUUAAUUCCCCCUAGGGGCUCUGAUGACCAUAAGGCCACAUCCUUCUCUGGCCUCUGUGGACAGACAGAUUUACAGCAUGUGGUCUUAGACGAGUCAGAAUUCCUUCAAGAGGAGGCCAAGCAGAGACAUCCUCUUUAUGGAUCUGAUCAGCAAAAGGCUGCCAUUCAUUGUAGGAAGUGUUUGAUGUACAUGCUCUGGAUUUUUUUAUUUUAUUUUUGAUAAUAUCUAUUUUGAAUAGCAUUUCUAUGAAAUCAGAUCACAAAGCGCUUGGUUUGCCAUUACCAUAUGUUAUAGUGCAGCUUCCCCAUUCCGUGGGUCUUCUCUAGGAUCUAGGUGCAACUCAGCAGUGCCUUGGAAGCUGAUCCUAUCCAAUAGAAGACCAGCUGCAAACUCACAAGGUAGCCCCACACAGAUGCCACCCACCUGCUUCUCCUAGUGUUUAAACACAGAGAAGACAGUUAUUUUUAAUUGCAUCAAACCUCAGUCCUAUGCAAAAAUCCCAGCUUGAAGGACAACUCCAGGAUUGCGGGGCCAGGAAGACCUCCAAGUUAGCUUUUUUUUAAAGGUGCCCCCAAAUCAGGAAAGAUGGUCAUGCCAAAAAGGCAUUAGACUUUCCAGCGUGGGCAAGAGCCACACUCCCAUUUAAGAGCCUUUUUAGGAGCCAGAUGCUUAUAUGCCAUAGCAAGAGACAUUGCAAGGGGCUUUUAGAGGAGCUGAGAAAGCAAUGCUUCAAGGGAGACUUGCCUUCAGGAAAUGUCAGGAAUCUCAGCUAACACAAGAGAGGGAAGGUGUAAUUCAGGAUUAACCUGAUUUUAUAUUAGGAGGGCUUAUGACAAUUGAUUUAUGUAGGUGUAGGAGAAUAUGCUUUAAAGGGCAAUUCCUUGAGGACCAAAGGUCGUAGGAAAGGAUACAGAUCAUAGCAGGAGCAGAAUUGUAAAUUCCGAGUCGAAGACUGUCAAUAGGACAGACACUUCGAAAAUUCAGCAGAAUGGGGCCGUAGCUCACCACCAGCUUGGUGAGCCUGAGAAUAGUGCAUAAUGUUAAUAAUUUAUCCAAGGACAAUGAAGGGAACUCUCCCCUCCUUACCCCUCCCCCCUCCCAAGUUGGCUAUUUCCCAUGGAUGUGAGAUGCAGCUGUAGGAAACAGGGAGGUGGGCAGCAGCUGCCAGCAUCAGACCUGACUAAUCCUUGCCACCUACAGGAUCUCAGGCAGCUGGCACUGAUAGAUACUUGUCAUUGGGGCCCCAUGUCCCUGAAACAGACCCCUGCUUGCAGAGACUGAUUGGACACCCCUUCCCCACCUCUUAUUCACAAGUGAUCAGUGUGGCCCCCUAGUGGUUUAUUUUUUGGGAUGCUAAGCUGCAGGAGGGAAGUGGGUUGCUGUUUUAAAUGCUCACUGUUAUGUGUAUCUAAGCCACAAGAAAACCAUCUGUGCUAGGCUGGCAUCAGUGUUAAAAGGCAACAAGAAAAGAGAACAGCAGUGCUCUGGCAGGCUUUGGUUUACUACUAAAGGCUCUGUAAGUAGCAUCACUGCACUGAUCCAUUAACAACUGUGUUCAUUUCCCCCUGUAGAUAACAAACUACAGCAAGGCAAGUGCAGCCCUGGAUGGGAAAGGAAUUCAGGAAAUCGUGCCCAUAGUUAUGAAAAAUGAACCUGUCCGGCAACACCUGGGGAGAGGACUUUUCUGUUGAUUAGACCAUAAUAGGUACAGCGCUAAGCCACAGUGCAUUGGUAAACAACAAUAUCUGCGCAGAGGGGCAAGAAAGCAAUCCCAAAGCUGUAACUGCUUUGUGAAUACUGGCCAACAGGGCUUGGACUAUCAAUGGAGACUAAAGGAAUUAGGUGCCUAACUUUCAUUGGAUUUGUAUGGGAUUUGGACACCUCUGGAAAACUUCUGAAUGGCACCUAAGUAAUUUAGGAGACUAAGAUCCAUUUUCAAAGGAGAUUUAAGGCCUAUAUCUGCAAAGGCAUUUAGGUACCUAACACCCAGGGGAAUUAGGAACGUAUGUGUCUAUAAAGUGCAAUGAUACCGAGAGCUGUGCACUGCCUUUGCCUUAUGAAUGCCAGCUGCUGCAAAAGAGCUGGUUGGCAAACAACAUCCAAAGACCUGCCUCACUGUCCGUUCUUUGGCCCCAUAUUCCUGACACUGUCUGUUUUGUCAGACCUUCCUCAGCAGCCUGUGACUGGCUCUUGAGAGGCUUCCCGAGGUGGAAAGAAAGGUACAAGGCACCUUUCCCACCUUCUAUUGUGGACUGUCCCUGUGUCCCCAGGAGCUGGCUAGCUACAGAGGGGAAUACACACAUUACUGUCUUAUGGGAUAGGUAAGUGUGUGCCCUGUUAUCCCAUCUAAUCCACCCCCAGUUCUGGGCUUUGUUUGCCAUGCCAGCACUUCAGUGCACUUGCAGAUUAGAAAAUGUACUUGAGAGACACAACCAAAUGCACCGUUUCCAGUGACCUGGGAGCAAAAGGGAACAAUAGACCCGAAGGCAGCUUCUUAAUAGUGAAACUUUGUCAGGAAAGCAGCAGCCACACAAAUCAUUACAGUGGCUGCAGAGCAUUUUGCAUUGAUGGGUCCUCGGGUGAACUGCAAGGUAUUUGGCUUGUAAGGCAACUGAAAAAGCCAAGGAGUUUAUUGCACAUCCUUGGGAGCAAUGAAACCAGCAUAACUAGGUGCCAGCAGGACUGAACGGGAAAACCUGCAGCAUCUGACCUUCCAGAGCAGAGAUCUCCUGGAUAAUAGUCCCACAGCGUAACAUGACUGGGUGCCAACCAGGACCUUUGAACUAGACUACAUCAAAUGCCUGGUAGUUGUAGGGUGUUUUAAAUAUCUUGUAACAACUUCUGAAGGAUGCUCUUUUUCUGAAGCUGGUGUUGGACUGGACACUUAUGUCCAUGCAGAUCAAUAAUAGGUUCCCACUCAUUGUCUAGAUUAAGUGUACAGUUAUGCAGGUAGCUGGUUGGUUGCUGGAGAUUUAUACUAAGCUGACAUGCAAUGGGGUAAAGGUUCAGAGGAAUAAGGUGUGCAAUGCAUUGGCAAAAGGAAAUGCUUCUGCAGUUAGGACCCAUGGGUUCUUGUUAACUCUGCUACAGGGAUUAUACACAAUAGGUCUGGCAGGGACAUGGCUCUGUAAGGACCAGGCCCUUACAGCACCAAGCUUCUUUUUAAACUUGUCUAAAGGCCUUCUGACUCCGCCAGUGAAAUCAGCCCAACGUCUCCAGCUGAUCUCAGUGGGAGUCUGCUCGAACCCCUUUGUAGCCACGUUUAUUGUUUGCUAGUUUAAUUCUCUUUCAAAGCAACUUAAUCAAUUACAGCCUAGACGUCCCUGAAGUCGCCUCUUACACAGCGUGGUCUUGUACCCAUGUUAGUCCCCCAGUAAUGUAGAUGCAACAAGAUGGGUCAGUUUUCUGUUUUAAAUCUGUCCCUUUAUGCUUUUCUGCAUAAAUACAUCCCAGAUACUAGGAGACCCACUCACUUUGCCGGGUUUUUGGUUUGAUACUGCCAAGUCUUGUGUGAGUCUCCAAUGUGCUUGUGAUAGAAGCAGACGUAUGUGGCCUUCCUUCACAGUGCUUUUGUCCUACUUCACUAGCCAGUCCUUGAGGCCUCUUUACAUGUUGCUAAUAGUGCUGCAAACAAAGCUCCUUUCCUGGUUUGAAAAGCAAUAAUGGUUACAUCUUAUUUUGAGCACCAUCAAUUGGAUUCUAGGUUUGCUAUGUUAGUCAAGAAAGGCCAGCAGCAAAUAAAUGACUUAUUUGUAAGCUGUUUCAUGCAUUUAAAGAGGCUGUUUGUCUUAUUUUACAGAUUUCUCUUUUUUAAGGAGGGAUAUAAAUAGUUUUAAACAACAGAUCUUUAUACAUUUAUUUUUCCAGAGUUACAGGCUGUUAAUCUGGAAUGAGUAAAUGUAGGUUUUAAAAGGUGUAUUUCCUUGAUCAAUUACUUACCAAUGUCACCCAAACUUUUGACCUGUUUGUUUUCAAUCAUGCAAUGAGUAGAGUUGGUCAAAAACAAAAUUUUUCUUUUAAAACUUUAUUUCCCCCAAUGCAGAAUUGUUUUUUUGAAAACCAGAGACUUCUGUACAAACCUGACAGUUUUUCAAAAUGUUCUGUUCAGCCAUUACAACCAGAAAUUUGGAAUUUCAAUAUUUUUAUAUUUUGAGGGGCUUGUUUUCGUCUCUUCCAUUUUGUCACAGAAUGCAAUAGGAUGCAUGAUGCCUUGAGUUGGUUUGUUGUUUUUGAUUUUCAUAAAUCCUUUUGCCACUAUGUAACAUUUGGGAAAAGAGCAGGACAGAGAAAGAGAUGCAGACCGACUCUGAAUAUCACUCAUUUUAUUGCAUUCAGUGGCAAAAAGGAAAACCUGCCACAGACAAAAUAAUGAAAUGUCUGCAUCUUUCAAUUCAAGAUUUCAAUGUUUUCCAAAGCAUAUUCUGCAAAAUGUUUUUUUUUAAAUGCAGUCGUUUUUCUAGAAGCAUUUUCCCUCUCUUUCAUCAGCUCAUCACAGAAGUUGGCUCUUGCCC